AUGUCGAGACUAAGGAAAGCUUUAGAAAAGUUAGAGGAAAGCUGUAUAAUCGUGGCAGUUGAAGCAACAGACUGGGUUAACAGUUUAGUGAUAGUUGAGAAGAAAAAUGGAAAUCUUAGACUGUGUUUAGACCCAAAAGACCUCAAUAAGGCAAUCAAAAGACAACAUUUUAAAAUACCAACUGUCCAAGAGAUUGCUUCACAGCUUAAUGGAAAAUCGCUUUAUACAAUUUUGGAUGAAAAAGAUGGAUAUCAUCAAGUAGAACUGGACACUGAAACUUCGUAUUUAUGUACGUUUCAAACUCUAUUCGGUCGUUACCGCUACAAACGACUGCCAUUUGGAAUCUCAAGCGCUAGUGAAGUCUUCCUGAGGAAGAAUAUGCAAACAUUCCGUGUUAUUCAAGGAGUACAAAUGAUAGUAGACGACAUGAUAAUUGCCAGGAAAGACGAAACAGAUCAUGAUGAAACGCUUAGAAAGAAUGGAAAAGUAAUUGCCUAUGCGUCGAAAUCUAUGACGGACGCGGAGAAAAAUUAUGCACAGAUAAAAAAGGAGCUACUCGCUGUUCUAUUCGCCUGUGAGAAAUUCAAUCCGUACAUAUAUGGCGAAAAGGUGUUAGUGCAGACCGACCACAAACCGUUGGAGGAUUAUUACUCGAGAUUUAUUGAAAUAAGGCUGCUGAAAGGAACAAAUGCACAGUCAGUUGUGAACAAUUUGAAAGCUAUUUUCUCAGUUCGUGGAAUUCCCGAGGAAAUAGUUUCCGACAAUAUGCCAUUCAACAGUCAUUUCUUUAAAACGUUCACAAAGGAGUACAACAUUAAACUGUCAACGUCAAGUACAACGCAUAGUCAAUCGAAUGCAAUGGCAGAGAGAAGCAUGCAGACCAUGAAACAACUUUUCAAUAAAGCACAUGCAGAAGGAAAAGAUGAAUGUAUUGCUCUAUUAGAGUACAGAAACACACCUGUGACAGGGAUGAACUAUUCUCCUGCUCAACUGUUAAUGUGA